GCCAGCAGCAGCACCAGAGCCAAGAUGGCGGCCAGCAGGAGGCUGAUGAAGGAGCUUGAAGAAAUCCGCAAGUGCGGGAUGAAGAACUUCCGUAACAUCCAGGUCGACGAGGCUAAUCUGCUGACGUGGCAAGGGCUCAUUGUCCCCGACAACCCCCCCUAUGAUAAGGGGGCCUUCAGGAUCGAAAUCAACUUCCCAGCAGAGUACCCCUUCAAACCGCCGAAGAUCACGUUCAAAACGAAGAUCUACCACCCCAACAUCGACGAGAAGGGGCAGGUGUGCCUGCCGGUGAUCAGUGCCGAGAACUGGAAGCCAGCAACCAAGACCGACCAAGUCAUCCAGUCCCUCAUAGCGCUGGUGAAUGACCCCCAGCCGGAGCACCCGCUCCGCGCUGACCUAGCUGAAGAAUACUCUAAGGACCGUAAAAAAUUCUGUAAGAACGCUGAAGAAUUUACAAAGAAAUAUGGGGAAAAGCGGCCUGUGGACUAAAAUCUGCCGCGAUGGAUUCCAGCGAGUGUGAGCAGAGGCCCCGAGCAGUGCAUUGAGACACCCCGCAAAGCAGGACUCUGUGGAAAAUUGACACGUGCCACCGCCUGGCGUCUGCUUGUGGCAGUUACUAACUUUCUACAGUUUUCUUAAUCAGAAGUGGUCUAGGUAACCUGUAAAGAAAGGAUUAAAAAUUUAAGAUGUUCUA